CGCCUGCCGCAAAGUGUCGCGCUGUGCGGCCGGAGCCUGGGCUGGCGGCCGCGGCCCGUGCCCGGAGCCGUGCCGCGGCGAGCCCCGCCGGGCGAAGAGCGGCCGCCAUGGGCGGCGGGCGGUGAUCUCCCGCCCCGCCCCGUGCCGCGCCGGCAGGCAGUCGCCAUGGAGGAGGAGAGCAUGGAGGAGGAGGGCGGCUGUGAGGCCAUGAUGGACGACCAGAACCACAACAACUGGGGCGCCGGCGGCUACGGGCGGCACCUGCUGGGCCCCGCUGCGGCGCCGCUCGGUGACCGCCUGCUGCGCGGCGUCUCCGCCGAGCCCCCGGCCGGACCGGAGUUCCCCGCGGUGUCCGAGGCCAACGGUGUGCUGCGGGGCUGCGAGCCGGGGGCCGCCGCCGCCGCCAAGGGGGGAGCCGGAGCCAUCGCCGCCGCCAUCAACAUCAACGCCUCGACCUCCAAGUUCCUAAUGAAUGUUAUAACAAUUGAAGAUUAUAAGAGCACAUAUUGGCCAAAGUUGGACAGUGCCAUAGAUCAGCUUUUAACUCAGAGUCCUGGUGACUACAUCCCUAUCUCCUAUGAACAAAUAUACAGUUGUGUGUAUAAGUGUGUAUGCCAGCAGCAUUCGGAACAGAUGUAUAGUGACCUAAUAAAAAAGAUAACUAACCACUUAGAGAGAGUCUCAAAGGAGCUGCAGGCCAGCCCUCCAGAUCUCUAUAUUGAAAGAUUUAACAUAGCCCUUGGACAGUAUAUGGGAGCAUUGCAGAGCAUUGUGCCUCUUUUCAUAUAUAUGAAUAAAUUUUACAUAGAAACCAAGCUUAACAGAGACUUAAAAGAUGACCUUAUAAAGCUGUUUACGGAACAUGUUGCAGAAAAGCACAUUUACAACCUAAUGCCUUCUUGUCAUUCUAUCAGAGCCUGGAAGCUGGCAUUGCUGUUUGAAGCUGUGUUCAGGAAGGACUGUAAGUACAUUUCAGCUUUACUUUUGGAAGCUCAGUCAACACCGUUUCAAAUAACUCCUUCAACCAUGGCAAAUAUUGUGAAAGGCCUGUAUACACUACGACCAGAAUGGGUACAGAUGGCACCAGCUUUAUUUUCUAAAUUCAUCCCAAAUAUCCUACCCCCUGCUGUGGAAUCUGAGCUUCAGGAGUAUGCUGCUCAAGACCAGAAACUUCAAAGAGAGCUUAUGCAGAAUGGAUUUACUAGAGGUGACCAGUCACGCAAGAGAGCUGGAGAAGAGUUAACUUACAAUGGCUCGUCAGCUUGUGCAAGCUCCAGGGGGUACAGAUAGUGAAUAUACUGGAUCAGCUUCUAUUUCUAGCCGGAACAGACACUGGAGGAGCACAGGUGGUAUCUGGAGCCUCCUUUGGCGACUGCUGAUACUUGAGCUCUGACAUGAACUAUGCCUCAAAGAAGAGUUUUGGACUUUCUUCUUUAUAUAAUAAAACGUCAGUUGCUGCUACAAUUGGGAUACCUUUGAAAGACAUGAUCCCUUGGUCUAGCCUAUCAACAAGUUCGUGUUCUGCGAUUUUUGUGAGGAAUGCACCUUGAAAAACAAUCCUUUCGAAGUGGAAAUGGGCAGCCGAAAUCAGCAGCUUCCAAAAGUGUUAGAAUGGAAGAAUCUUUUUUGCACUCUUUUCUUAAUAUUAAGGACAUUCUUAAAACUAGUUAACACGUCAGUGUAUUAGUUUUUAAACUUCAAGGUAUUUUCUGGAGCUUUUACUUAAUAAGAAUAAAGUUAUUUUGCAGUAUUUGUUCGUUAGUUUAAAAAUUGUCAGCUUUUAAGAGUUGGUCCCAUAUAAAUGUAUCUUCUGUCAGGGAGUUUAAAAUUCCAGAUUUUUCUUUUAUCUUUUUUUUUUUAAUUGGUAUUUUGAAAUCUGUUUUCCUAUGUGUUUGUACUCUGUGCCUUCAGCUUGUGCACUUUGCAACUUUAUAGACCAUAUUUUGUUACUGCAAAAUGUGUUCUUGAGGAAAAACUUGAUGCGAACAAACAUGCUGCAAAGCUGCACUUUUCUCUUGCAUUAAUGGGAGGUGAAUUUAAGGAGGAAGGAAGAAAAGUUGAACCUAUAUCACCAUCACUAAUAAUGACUUGGAAGUUUGUCCCCUUUUAUGUUUCAUAUGUAUUAGUGUUUAAUGCUGGGACCAACUCUUGUAGAACUCUCUCAUUGACUUUUUAUUGGCUUCCAUAAUUGCAAUAGAUUGAGAUGUGAAUUCCAGACUGAAUGAAAUACUAAGAUGUGUUUUAUGCUGUGCUAUGUAGAAACAUUGUGGGCAAAAUUCUCCAGUCAAGUAGGUCUGCAAAGUGCAUCUCUGUCAGCACAAACCAGAUUUGCACCUGGUUGAUCGGCGAACAAUGGUACCUGUCCAUGAUCACUUUGUGGUUCCUGUACCAUUUCUCCUGUUUCAGGGAUGUGAUGGGGGUAUGCUAGUGGAUGUAGUCGGAAUCAGGGAGUUGAGGAGUGAUCUAAUACACGCAUGUGUACUCGUCACCCUCCUGCUUCCAGUCUUGUGUAAACUCAGCUGGAGAUCCAGCUGAGCCCAGUUCCAGGAGAUCUGGACCUAUGGUCUAAAUCCUAGUGAUUGUGACAUGGUUUUUAAUCAAUAGUAUGAGCAAUGUGAUUCUUUCAGGAGGGGAGAAACAUACUUGAAAAAGCAGUUUGAAUACAGGUUGUUUUUUGUUAUUACUAUGGAUUUAUUUUUUAUCACCUUUAGUUACGAAGAGAAAUGAGUUGGUAAUAUAAAAAUAUUUCUGAAGUGAAACAAAAGUUUGUUCAGGUUUGUCUUGCACAACUCUUAUGCCCGUUUAAAAAAACAACACAAAAAACAACACAAAAAACCAACACAACCCCCUUUAUGCUUGUAUGGGUUCAUUACAAAAUGCAGGAAAAAAGAAAAAAAUAGAUGCGGCAGGGACAAAGAUUUUUUUUCUUUUUGUUCUGUAUGCAGGCUUCAUGUAAAUGAAUUUAAUUCUGUCAGUUUCACGUCAGCCACUUUGGCAAUGCCAUUAGUUCGGAGGGUGGUGGGGAGGAAGAACGAGGACGACGCUGCUGUGAUUGACCAAGUCUGAUUUACCUAUAUAUUCCUUUGCAUAUUUGCAAAGCCUAUUUAAUUUGGAGGAAGGUUUUCUUUUAAAAUUAAAAAUGAAUGCUUUUGUUUUGUUUUCUGUGUAGAACAUUGCCAGCAGUGUGAUCUCGUCCCCAAUAGUGGAAACCCAAACCACUCUGAGCACAGAUUUUUGUUGGUAGUAGGUGUUGGUAGUGUUUGCUUCAACGUUGCUAUCAGCUACUUAAGUUGAAGCAGAAUGAGAUAAAAACAGGGGGUUUGAAAAUUUGGCCGAAGUAUGCAGUAGAGAAGUUAAUGAAGGCUAAUAGGGAACAAAAAAUGAUUUACCAGCUUCCAGGUUUUUAUCAGUUUUGGUUUUAAACAAAAUUUAAGUCUCUGAUAGUGUCCUUAGCUUUAAAAAACACUGCUGAAAUGACAAUAUUCUUGAGUUAAGAAUAGAUACAUUAACCUAAUUUGGUUGGUUUGUUUACAACUUCAUUAGCGUUCUAGUUCACAUAAUACAGUAAUCAAGCUCUGUCAUCUUUGUCAAGUGAUCAUAAUUCUUUUCUGUUCCUAAAGUGGUUUUACUGGUUCACGUUUGUAAAUAACAUGUAGUGCUUUUGCUUCAUAUUUGAGGCAAGGGUUCAACAUUCAUUUUACAUUGUGUUAUGUUUGGGACACAGACUUCUAAACCAGUCAUUCCAUCAAAAGGUAAAGCAUUCCUGUCAGCGUGGUUCGCUUCAUACUCACUGAGUAGCGCUUGGAUGCUUCUCAGUCCUGUGUAGCAUUCUCACUUGGCCACCAUACUUGAGAAAUCUGUUUGUUAAGCACUGUAUUAUGUUGUAAAUUUGGCAUUAAAAUUCCUGUGUGUUUUGGCAUUAUUAACACAAUGCUGAAAUAUUGUUUAUCUGUUAAAGACGUUACCAUUGUGACUGAGCAUGAAACAGAAUACAGCAUACUAUACUAAAUUAUUUUGUUCCUCUGUAAACUUGCAUUUUACUUACAGUAAAACUAACUCAGCCAACUUGAGCAUUGGUACUGCAAAGCCACAGUCACCAACAGCAUGAUCCUAACUGCAGUAUUUAAUUUAACCAAAUAACUUGUGGUAAAUCCGUUGCACCUGUAGCUUACUCUGUUAAGAUUAAGCAGUAAAGUUGGUUAUACAAUGGGUGUCCUCUUUAUGUUGCACUGGUUCUAUAGCCGAACUUGCUACAUUAAAAUAUUUUUAGGUUAAUUUCACUUCUUGAUUUGGGAAGAUGAAUAUUUACAUUAGUCCUGCUGACCACUGUAAUGGUAGGCCAUUGUCAAUAUAUGGUCAAGGUGGUCUUUGAUACAAACAAUGAAGGUGUGUGGGGGUCUAACUGGAUAAAUACUCAACUCUUCUGCAGUUGGAUCUCCUUGAUGACUUUCUGCAGUUGUUGAGGAAGUGUUUGUGGAUGAAUCUUUUGAAGCAAAAGGUUUUGACUCUUGUCAUUUGAUAGAAAUAUGACCAGCCAGAUUCAUUGCUUUUAAUUUUUCCCUGAUGUGAUUGUUUACUUUCUACAUGUUAAAAAAAACCAAACUACAAAGACCAUGUUUUGAGCGACUGAAAAACGUGUUUCAUGUACACUGUGCCAACCCUAGUGAAAGGACUAUUCUGUAGAACUACGGAAUAAAAACCAACUGCUUGAA